AUGCCUUUCGUCAAGACCCAAAAGAACGACGCCUACUUCUCCAGGUACCAAGUCAAGCCCCGACGAAGAAGAGAGGGUAAGACCGACUACCAAGCUAGAAGAGCGCUCGUCUCUCAGGCUAAGAACAAGUACGCUUCCCCCAAGUACCGACUCGUUGUCAGAAUCACCAACAAGCAAGUGAUCUGCCAAAUCGUCUACGCCAAGAUCCAAGGUGAUGCCGUUCUCGUUCACGCUUCCUCCAAGGAACUCCCCAAAUACGGUAUUGAGCACGGUCUCACCAACUGGACCGCCUGUUACGCUACCGGUCUCUUGGUCGCUCGACGAGCUUUGACCAAGUUAGGUUUGGCCGACAAAUACGAAGGUGUUGAGGAACCCACUGGUGAACUCGAAUUGACCGAAGCUUUAGGUGAUGAUGAGCCAAGACCUUUCAAGGCUUACCUCGAUGUUGGUCUUAGAAGAACCUCAACCGGUGCUAGAGUUUUCGGUGCCAUGAAAGGUGCUUCAGAUGGUGGUAUCUUCAUCCCCCACAACGAGAAGAGAUUCCCAGGUUACGAUCCCGAAACUAAAGCCAUCGACGCUGAAGUCCUCCAAAACUAUAUUCACGGUGGUCACGUUGCUGAGUACAUGGAAUCCCUCGAAGAGGAAGAUGAUGAACGAUUCAAGAAACAAUUCGCUUCAUACCUCGCCGCUGACGUCUCUUCCGCCGAUAUCGAGGAAAUCUACACCGAGGCCUACGCCAAGAUCAGGGAAGACCCAUCAUUCACCCCUACCGAGAAGGAUGUUGCCAAGUGGAAGGCCGAGUCUAAGAAACACAAGACUCCUAAAUCCACCAAGGAAGAGAAACAAGCUAGAAUCCAAGAGAAGAUCGAAGCUUACAAGGCUGGUAAGAUCGCCGUUGAUGAGGAUGAGGAAGAUGACGAGUAA